CCACCCAGGCUGCUGCCCCUCUCUCUUUCCCCGCCUGCGCCUGGCUCCAGCCGCCCGCUCCCUGCGCUGCGCUGCGCUGCGCUGCGAGAGGAGGGAGCAGAGCCCCCGGGCUGGGAGGAAAGCGCAGAAGAGAGAGAGGAAGCGGGGAGGGGGAAGAGAAAACUUGCCUCCCUUGUCACUGGAAAAUGACACUUGGUGUAGCCGAGCCUGCGGCAGCUUCGCUUGAGCCUAUUGUUUCUUAAACUGCCACCCAGCGCCUUGCGUCUCCUGCCAGCCCCGGGGGUGCCCUGCAAAGAGCGACUUUCUCCGGCCCCUGUGAGCGCUGCCCCCCAAGUCCCCAGCCCGCCCGCGCCGGGGGCUGCUGGCCUUGGGAGCUUCCAGUCGGAUGUGGUGGUAAAUGUGUGUGGCCGUGUUUGCUUUGAGUCCAACCAGCCGCCGCCGAGCGCAGCAACUCCAGCCACCCGCAUCUGCCCGGCCAGCUCCUCGCCGCGGUUCCCGUCUGCGCUGAGGCGGGCGGGGGUUUGUCAUUCAUGUUUGGGAUCCAGGAAAGCAUUCAGCGGAGUGGCAGCAGCAUGAAGGAAGAGCCCCUGGGCGCGGGGAUGAACGCGGUCAGGACCUGGAUGCAGGGAGCCGGCGUCCUGGAUGCAAACACGGCCGCGCAGAGCGGAGUGGGGCUGGCCCGGGCUCACUUCGAGAAGCAGCCCCCCUCCAACCUGAGGAAAUCCAACUUCUUCCACUUCGUCCUGGCUCUGUACGACAGGCAGGGGCAGCCCGUGGAGAUCGAGCGCACCGCCUUCGUGGGCUUCGUGGAGAAGGAGAAAGAAGCCAACAGCGAAAAGACCAAUAACGGGAUCCACUACCGGCUGCAGCUCCUCUACAGCAACGGGAUAAGAACCGAGCAGGAUUUCUACGUCCGCCUGAUCGACUCCAUGACCAAGCAAGCGAUAGUGUAUGAAGGCCAAGACAAGAACCCAGAAAUGUGCAGAGUUCUUCUCACACAUGAAAUAAUGUGCAGCCGGUGUUGUGACAAGAAAAGCUGUGGCAACAGAAAUGAGACUCCAUCAGAUCCAGUGAUAAUUGACAGGUUCUUCUUGAAAUUUUUUCUCAAAUGUAACCAAAAUUGCCUAAAAAAUGCAGGAAACCCCCGGGACAUGCGGAGAUUCCAGGUUGUGGUGUCGACAACAGUCAACGUGGAUGGCCAUGUGUUGGCGGUGUCGGACAAUAUGUUUGUACACAACAAUUCCAAGCAUGGGCGGAGGGCUCGAAGGCUCGAUCCCUCGGAAGGUACGCCUUCUUAUCUGGAACAUGCAGCUACUCCAUGUAUCAAAGCUAUCAGCCCGAGUGAAGGAUGGACUACAGGAGGUGCCACUGUCAUCAUCAUAGGAGACAAUUUCUUUGAUGGGUUACAGGUCAUAUUCGGCACCAUGCUGGUCUGGAGUGAGCUGAUUACCCCUCAUGCAAUCCGAGUUCAGACACCUCCCCGACAUAUCCCCGGCGUGGUAGAAGUCACAUUGUCCUACAAGUCUAAGCAGUUCUGUAAGGGAACGCCUGGAAGAUUCAUUUACACAGCCCUGAACGAGCCCACCAUUGACUACGGUUUCCAAAGGUUACAGAAGGUUAUCCCACGGCACCCUGGUGACCCCGAACGCUUGCCAAAGGAAGUGAUACUGAAGAGGGCUGCUGAUUUAGUGGAAGCACUCUAUGGUAUGCCACAUAAUAACCAGGAAAUAAUUCUGAAAAGAGCAGCGGAUAUUGCAGAAGCUCUCUACAGUGUUCCCCGCAAUCACAACCAGCUCCCAGCACUUGCUAACACAUCAGUCCAUGCAGGGAUGAUGGGAGUGAAUUCCUUCAGUGGUCAACUAGCAGUCAACGUCUCGGAAGCCUCACAGGCCACCAAUCAGGGUUUUACUCGCAACUCAAGCAGUGUGUCACCUCAUGGGUAUGUGCCUAGCACCACCCCUCAGCAGACAAACUACAACUCCGUCACAACAAGCAUGAACGGCUAUGGGAAUGCUGGAAUGUCAAAUUUAGGUGGUUCUCCAACCUUCCUCAAUGGAUCUGCUGCCAAUUCUCCCUAUGCCAUCGUGCCAUCAAGUCCAACAAUGGCCUCCUCCACUAGCCUCCCAUCAAACUGUAGCAGUUCCUCCGGGAUUUUCUCCUUCUCACCAGCCAACAUGGUCUCAGCGGUGAAACAGAAGAGUGCGUUUGCCCCUGUCGUGAGACCACAAACUUCCCCACCUCCCGCUUGCACCAGCACCAAUGGCAAUAGCCUGCAAGACCAGUCUUUUGUGGACUCUAGCAAGUACUCCACUGCAGGGUCUCUCCAGGGGCUGGCCUUCUCCUGAACUAUAUCUGGCAUGAUUGUUCCUCCCAUGUGAAAGGAUUGCCUUGAAGAAUUUUAUUGAAGAGGUUGAAUUCUGCUUCAGAGAGAAAUCUGAUACAAGUCCCAGAGUGGAACUUUUUACUCAGGCCUUUUUAAAAAAAAUAAAAUACAAUAAAAUAAAGAGGAAUUUUACAAUAACUGCAGAUUUUUAAACAAAACAAAAAUCACCAUCCUUGCAAAUACUGAAAUUAACAAAGAAUCUGCAAUUGCAAGGUGUUGAUUUGAGUUGUCCAUCCCAUGUACUUGGGAGAUAUAUUUAUUCUGUGUUGAUAAAGAAAAUCCACUUUUUUCUUGGUUUUUGUUUUUUGUUUGUUUUAUUUUUUAAAGCUUGAUUUAACUCAACAGCCAUUUGUCUUUUAUAAAUCAUACAGUUCUGCAAGGGACACUAGAGAUGAAACUUCAUGUUUUUAAUUUAUGACCCUUUUCUAAAGCUGUGUAAAGGGAAAUGAAGUGGUAACAUUUACAAACAAGUCAGUGAGGGACAGAAUAGAAGUGCCAGUUAGUUUUUUUAGAAGAAUAAUGGCCAUUUAAUUAAGAGUCGGCUCAUAUGUGUUGUUUAUCCAGGGAUGGUUUGCUAAUCCGAUACAUUUUUCAUUCUCUAAUUAAAUAGAUACCACUCACUAAGCAUUUGUUCUUUUAAAACAGGGAGAGAAUUUGUAACUUCUGUUUUUAAUAUCAGACUAAAUAAUUGUGUAAAUAAUGCGAUGAGAAAAGUUGGUGAAAGUGUAGCUAAGGACAUGAAUAAUGUAAGCUGACGUCUUUAACUCUGAAACCCAGUGCCUCUGGAUAUAAUGCUAAAACUGCAUAAUUAGACUAGUAUGGCUCUCUGUUUAGCUUAUAUCAGAAUCUUUCCAAAUGAGUGGCCUCCCUUGAGUUUAGCAUAACCUGAGCUGUGCAUACAGAUCUCCUUUGGAUUGUGUGUCACUGUCUAAAGACACGGACUCAAGCCAUUAUAACAUGUUGGGUGUAAUCAUAAAUUUUCCUCCUCACUUUAAUCUAUUUGUUUCUAUGGGGCAAAACCAGAAUUGACUCGUCUGCAGUUCUGCAUUCUCAAUGAUCUAGAAGCACACACAUUUUUUGUCAGCCUCCCGCUAGGAUUGUUGCUGUAUCAGCCGACCCUCUCAGUUUGUAGCAUAAUAUAUUAAGCAACAGGUAACUGUUUUUGAAUAGUAAGUGGAAACAUGAAUUUGAAUUUGCAAGUGGGUGGGAGGGGGAAGGGCCAUGAGAAGGUUUCAAAUCAAAAUCAUAGGUUCUGUUUUACAGGAAUUUUGCUAUCAUUAUCUGGGAAGUGUUCUUAAAACUAUUAGUCAAAGAGGCAGCAAAGCUCUGAAGAUGCAUUAUCUGAUAUUUUUUUCUUUGCUGUUGUGUUUUGUAUGUAGUUAUAAAUACUGUAGAUUUUUUGUGAUUUUUUGCCAAAGUUGUUGUUCUAUUUAUACAUUUUAAUGUCUUAAGACAGUUUUUCAAUGUCACAAAAAAUUACUGCAUAUUUUGCAAAAAGAGCUCACUACCUUUAGCUUGCACAUACUUGCAAAAUUAAUUAAAGGGAAAAAAAAAGCUUUUUUGUUUUGUUUGGGGGGGGUUAUUUGUUUGUUUUAAAGGGGAUUUUGUAAAAUAUCCAUAUAAAUAAUGUAUUUAUCUUUGGAAUUUGUACAUUGCUUUUCCCCUCCAUCCCCAGUUUAUUUUAUUGUGUAUGUUUGCUAUGUGAAAAGUGCUGAUUUGUUUGGUCAUUCACCGUUGUAUUAGCUGUUGAAAUGUGAUUUUAAAACAUUUCAUUUAUAGGGUUUUUUUAAGAUUGUUUUAAACCAUGCUUCCAUUUUUUAUUUCCACCUAAAAGCCAUUGUCUAUUUUUGUAUUAUUUGUAAGUUAAGAAGUUUUUUCCAAUAUAUGGCAAAAAGUAGCAUAUUAUUCUUGUAGCAUUUAGUUAUGUAGAUUUAAAAAAAUAUCCUUUGCUUUUGAGGCUUAACAAAAAAUAAUGCUGUUUUACUCUAUUAAUAUGCAUGGGACCUCUCCUCUUUGGAGUGACACAUUUUUGUGCAUUAAAUAUGGGGAGAAACUUCAUAGAACUCAAUGAAAAUACUUUCUUUCUUAAGUCUGCUUGUAUAUUUCUCUGUCUUUCACAUAAAUAUAAACCAGCAGAUUGGAUGCCUUAACAAUGCAAAUCAUAUUCAUUUCACUUGUACAUUGUACUGUGCACCAGAACUGUCAAUCAUCACUAACAUUCUAAGGAAAAAAAGGAAUUGAAAAGCACAAAAGAACUGUUUUUGUUACCUUAAGACAAUGUAACUUUUUUCUAGUAGAGCAAGAAAUCAUUUCCAACGAUGCUGCAACUGUGCAUGCUUCCUGUAUAAAUUUUGCAAUGGUUUUCACUAGAAAGUCACAGUGUGGUCUUUUUGGGGGGGAAAGGCAAAUAAAAGAAAAAAAACUGGAAAAUGUGAGAGACAUCAACGUAUUGCUUCUCUGUACUCGAAACGAUUAUUCCAAUUCACAUAGUAAGCAACAGCAUAGCAAUGUAAUCAAAUUUAAAGCCAUAUUUUGUCCAGUGACAUCCUUGAUUGGUCUUGUAGAACUCCAUUCUAAGUCGUAACCAUUUAGACAGCCAUGUUAACCAUGUACAUUCGUAGCCCUUUACUUCGAAGUCCAAAGAUCCAUGAACAACGUGUUUUGUUGCAGCUAUUUAUAGUGAUCGGAUGAAAGGAAAUUUAUCAAAAUCUCCCUGAAAAGGACCCCUGUCUCUUGCUAAGUAAAAGAUGCCACUCCUUACAGAAUAUGGCUUUAAGUGGAAACAUUCAGAUUUCCGUUUCAAAAGGUGAAGCUACACAAUAACUGGAUUGCAUAAAGUAUGCCUAUUUCCUCACAGUUGUACUAGGAUGCAGCUAAAAUGAAGUCAUCUCUGAAACUACUAACCUUUCACCUUCUUAUCUAAAUCUUUUUGAAUAGACACACACACUGUACAGUUCUAUUGUUAGAGAAACUAACUACUGUAGAGAUUGUUAUAAUUUUUUUGCAGAAAUUCAAGCUGUAAAAACUUUUCAACUUUCACAAUAUUUAAUUAAAGUUACUUCCUGUCUGUGA